GUGUGUUUGUGUGUUCCAGCUCCUGGACAACGUUGAGAACAAAAUGAAAGGCACCUGUGUGGAGGGAACCAUCCCCAAACUGUUCAGAGGAAAGAUGGUGUCCUAUAUCCAGUGUAAGCACGUUGACUACCGGUCAGAGCGGAUAGAGGAUUACUACGACAUCCAGCUCAGUAUCAAAGGAAAGAAAAACAUCUUUGAGUCCUUUAAGGACUAUGUCGCCGUGGAGCAGCUUGACGGAGACAACAAAUACGACGCAGGAGAACACGGCCUACAGGAAGCGGAGAAGGGUGUGAAGUUCCUGACUUUCCCUCCCAUACUGCACCUGCAGCUGAUGAGGUUCAUGUACGACCCUCAGACCGACCAAAACAUCAAGAUCAACGACAGGUUUGAGUUUCCGGAGCAGCUUCCCCUGGAUGAGUUUCUCCAGAAGACUGACUCUAAGGACCCGGCCAACUACAUCCUGCAUGCCGUGCUGGUCCACAGUGGAGACAACCACGGAGGACACUAUGUCGUCUACCUCAACCCCAAAGGAGACGGAAAAGUCAGCGUCAAGGAGCCCAUCUGGUGUAAGUUUGAUGAUGACGUGGUGUCACGGUGCACCAAGGAGGAAGCCAUUGAACACAACUACGGUGGCCAUGACGACGACCUGUCAGUACGUCACUGCACCAACGCUUACAUGCUGGUGUACAUCCGCGAGUCCAAACUCAGUAAGUCACCUUGUGGUGGUGGUCUACCACUCAGUGAG